UAGUCUGUGAAGCAAAAUUGAGGCAACGACAAUUUGAUUCCACACUAUACAGCGUAAUUGAUUACCAAGUACAUUUAUACUUAAAUUUCCAAGUCCACGAGAACGAAUUCCUUGAUUCGCCUUUUCGGUAACUCGAGUUGAGAUAGUCCAGAUUUGUGAACGCGGAGAAUUUAUUGCGCAACGCCAUUUUCUUGCUUUCAUCUUUCAUCCUUUCGUCGUCGCGACAAUCUCUGCUGAUAGCGGAGGGGAAAAGCGCAGUUGUAUAGGGAAGAAGAGAAGGAAAGGAAAACAGACAGAGAUAGAAAACAAAUAUGGCAGAACAACAACGGAAAAUCGAACUCCAAUCGCCAGAUGAUUUAAAAUAUCUAGUCGCGAAUGUAAAGAGGGCGGCGCGGGAAAUGAUUGAUCGUGAUCUACCGCCGAUAGAGGGGGAGGAUGCGAUGAGGAGGUUGGUGGAGGAGAUCGUGGGAGAGUACAUACACAAGACUUUCCUCACAGCCUCCCCCAGCAUCUCUAUAAAUGGCAUGGAACCCCAGCGUAAACUCAUAAAUGCCAAUCUUCAACCGGAAGAAAAGGAUAAAGAUAUUAUCGAAGAACGCGAAGAACACGAACCUUUUGAUGGGCAGUUAUGGGAGAGAGCAAAAGCGUUGGCGGUUAAGGAGGAAGAAUUAGUGGAACAGAUUGCUGCGCUGAGGAGAAAUGUGCCAGCGAUGGUGGUGGAGAGGGAAGGAAAGUGGAAGAAGGGGGUGGAGGAGGACGAGGGGGAGAUUGAGGGGUGGAGGGAAAAAUUGGGGAUGGAGGAUGAGGCAAUUUUUGCGGAAGGAGGUAGUGGAUUGGGAUUGGAGAGGAAUGAGAGGAUGGUGGAGGUGGAAGGGGAUUGGGAGAAGGGGAUUGGUGGGUUGGAGGGGUUGUUUAGGGGGUUGCCGGAGGUGGGGGCUACGAGGGAUAGAGCGGGACGGGCGGAGGAAUAUGUUAGGGGGACGGGGAAGAGAGGUUAG